AUGAACAUCCCGGCCGAGCAACCGCGGGCGCCUCAGGAAAUCGAUUUGGUGCCCUAUCAGGGGGUUUGGAGCUAUGGUGUGACUGCAAACGAUAUCAAGCUCGAUUUGACUGCAGGCAAGGGCCUACCUGAGUGGAUCUUCUCCUCAUAUGCGCCAACCCGCAAUGUCCCGCGUCAACUCUUCGGUGGCCCCCAGCGCGAGCAGAGUAUGGAAGAGAUGCGCGUGCGUCACUAUGAAUUGGCAGCUGCUGGGAACAUGAACCAGGCGGUUCAGGAGGCCCAGGCUUUGUGGGCAGAAUCAUUGAAGCAGAUAGAGGUCUCACUAAAUGAUGUCAAUGGCGCAGUGAAAUACAUCAAUGAUGGUGGCAAUGAGCAUCCUAAUCGCAUCGACAUAACUGAGGGCAAGACAGACGCCGGUGCAGCUCAGGCACCUUCGGCAUUCGGUCAGCCCACAGCUCUCGGCCAACCAUCAGCACCCAGUCCUGCCCCCGGCGCCUUUGGCAGCACGCCUUCUGGCUUUGGGAAACCCGGGACAGUCGGCCAGCAAGCGGCAUUCGGGCAGCCUUCUACACUCGCACAACCCACAGGCUUUGGGCAGCCAUCUGCCUUCGGACAGCCAUCUAAUCUCGGUCAAGGAACCAGCUUCGGCCAGCCCUCGAGCCUGGGAGGACAGCCAGGAUUUGGAAAGCCAGCCUUUGGACAGUCAGGCUUUUCUCAACCUGCCACCAGCCAGCCAGCCUUUGGCCAGACUGGCUUUGGUCAGCCUUCGGCUCCAGGGGCUGCGCCGUUCGGUGCCUCGGCUGGAGCGUCGCCAUUCUCGCAAAUCUCUCAGAACCAGCCUACAACUGGAGGAUUCGGCCACCCUUCGGGGCAGCCUGGUCCUGGUCCAUCCGCAUUCGGUCAGCCCUCUCAGCAACCCGCCGCAUCCUCAGGGUUCGGUCAGCCAUCAGUUCCCAGUGCCUUCGGGCAGCCACCCCCAACCCACUCCGUUCGGUCAACCAUCAACCGCACCCCCCCCUUUGGCGCCCCGGCUCAGCAACCAUCCGCCCCUUCGGCCUUUGGUCAAGCCGCCGCUCCACAAGGUGUGCCGGUUGAGAAGCCCGCCGCCGGCCCGCGCGCCUUUAUCAAGGUCGACGAAUCCAAGGAACGCAACCCUAUUCCGCAAUUGCAGGGCGAAACCAGACGUGACCCCGCUAGCAAACGUCUCACCAUGUGGAAAGGUCGCCCGGUGCAAUACAUCAAUGAUGCGCCGUGCUACCUUCAUCCCCAAGACAACAAGACCUACAUCCGCAUCAACUUCCCCGAUGGCCCACCUGACGAAGCCAGCCUGCGCGAUUCACAAGGUAAGCCAGAAGAGUACACACCGGAGAUCGUGGAAAUGUACAAGUUCUUCCUUGAGAAUGGAUACUUCAAGGACGGCGUCAUCCCGCCGGUGCCGCCGAAAAGGGAGUGGAUCAGCUUCGACUUUUAA